AGCCUCCCCUCGAGGUUCCUCCCCGGGGCUCUGGCGCCCACCCGCCUUCUCCGGCGGCAAGGGCUGGGCCCCUGGAGGUGCGGAGCACCGGGCACCCACCUGCCCGUGCCCCGGGGCGAGAGGGCAGCCGGAGCGGGGGCUUGGAGCGGGGGCUCGGGCCGGUCCCGGGCUGCUCCGGGCCUCUCCCCCGCCCCGGGCACCGGCUGCGGCCCCGGGACCCGGCGGAGCCUCCGCUGCCCGGUCUCGUAGCGCCCCCGUCAGGGCGGAGCGGCCCCGGCCCGGGAAGGUCCCGCGAGGAGCGGCCCGAGGGUGCGGGGGACCGGCGGGACUGAGGCGGCUCCGGGGGACGCAGCCCUGGGAGCGGCCCCGCGGCCCCGGAGCGGGUCUCGGUCGAUCCCGGGAGCCUGGAACCGGGCAGCGCCGCUCCCCCGGGCUAGGGGAUGCUCCGGGACCGCCGUGGCCCGGUUCGCCCCGCGGGGUUUUGGAGCCGUCGCGGGUGGAAAACGUGAUGUGAAAACAGCCCGGAGCCAUCGGUGCCAGCCCCACCUGUGCCCCACCACGGCCCGGCAGCCACGGCGGCUCCUGCUACCCGCGGGGGGUCCCGCUGCCCCAGGCAGGAGCUGCAGCCCCGGCCCCGCCAGCCCGGCCGGCCACCCAGAGCGGGCGGGGAAGGGACCGCCGUGGUCCCGGGGCGCAGGCAGCCUCCAGCCCCUGCCCCUCCGGGCUGCCAGGCCCGGCCCUGCCCGCUGCUGCCCUGCCCGGUACAUCCCUGCGUCCCGUCCCCUCCGCUCCGGGUGUCAGGCGGGCCGAGACCCGCCCGCGGAACCGGCACCAGCCCCGCCCCGCUCACGGUACCGGCUCGGUCCCGCCCACUGCCGGUUCCGCCCCGGCCGGCCCCGCCCACCUCCGGUCCCCGAUUGGCGGAGCGCGGCGACGCUGGGGCAGGGAGCGGCGAUGGCGGCGCGGCCGGGGCCGGUCUUGGCGCUGUUGCUGCUGCUGCUGGCGGCGGCACCGCGGGCGGGCGCGGGGGAUGCGCGGCAGGAGGCGGCGGUGCGGGCGCUGGCGCGGCGCUUGCUGGGCCCGCGGGCCGCCGCUGUGGCGCUGUCGGUGGAGGCGGCGCUGGCGGCGGGCGGGCCCGACACCUACCGGCUGCUCUCGCCGCCCGGCGCCGCCGUGGCUGUGGCCGUGACCGGUUCCAGCGGCGUGGCGGCGGCCGCCGGUCUGUACCGCUACCUGCGAGACUUCUGCGGCUGCCACAUCUCCUGGUCCGGGGAGCAGCUCCGCCUGCCCGACCCGCUGCCGCGGCUGAGGGCCGAGAUCCGCGCCACCGCCCCCGGCAGGUACCGCUACUACCAGAACGUCUGCACCCAGAGCUACUCCUACGCCUGGUGGGACUGGGCGCGCUGGGAGCGGGAGAUUGACUGGAUGGCGCUCAGCGGCAUCAACCUGGCGCUGGCCUUCGUGGGGCAGGAGGCGACCUGGCAGCGGGUGUACCGCUCCCUGGGGCUGAACCAGUCGGAGAUCAACGCGUACUUCACGGGGCCGGCGUUCCUGGCCUGGAACCGGAUGGGGAACCUCCACGGCUGGGCAGGGCCGCUGCCACCGGCCUGGCACCUCAGACAGCUUUACCUGCAGUACCGGAUCGUGGAGAGGAUGCGCUCGCUGGGGAUGAUCACGGUGCUGCCGGCCUUCGCAGGCCACGUGCCCCAGGGGGUUCUUCGGGUCUUCCCACGCGUGAAUGCCACUCGCCUUGGGGGCUGGAGCCACUUUGACUGCACCUACUCAUGCACCUACCUGCUGGACCCGGAGGACCCCAUGUUCCAGGUGAUCGGGACCCUCUUCCUGAAGGAGCUGAUCAAGGAAUUCGGCACAGACCACAUCUACAGCGCUGACACCUUCAACGAGAUGACCCCCAUCUCCUCCGACCCUGCCUAUCUCUCGAGGGUCAGCAAUGCCGUCUUCACGUCCAUGACGGGAGCCGACCCCGAGGCGCUGUGGCUGAUGCAGGGCUGGCUCUUCCAGCACCAGCCGGACUUCUGGCAGCCGGCGCAGGUGCGGGCCCUGCUGCGUGGCGUGCCCCUCGGCAGGAUGAUCGUUCUCGACCUCUUUGCCGAGUCCAAGCCUGUCUACCAGUGGACAGAAUCUUUCUACGGGCAGCCCUUCAUCUGGUGCAUGCUGCACAACUUUGGAGGCAAUCACGGCCUCUUUGGCACCGUGGAGGCCAUCAACCACGGCCCCUUUGCGGCUCGCCGCUUCCCCAACUCCACCAUGGUGGGCACCGGGCUGGUGCCUGAGGGCAUCGAACAGAACGACAUGGUGUACGAGCUGAUGAAUGAGCUGGGCUGGCGCCAGGACCCCCUCGACCUCCCCAGCUGGGUGACCCGCUAUGCCGAGCGCCGCUACGGCGCCCCAAACGCCGCCGCAGCCAGUGCCUGGCGGCUGCUCCUCCGCAGCGUGUACAACUGCACCGGGGUCUGCGUCAACCACAACCGCAGCCCGCUGGUGCGCCGGCCCUCCCUGCACAUGGACACCGAGCUGUGGUACAACACCAGCGACGUGUACGAGGCCUGGCGCCUGCUGCUGAGCGCCGGCACGGAGCUGGGCUCCAGCACCACCUUCCGCUACGACCUGGUGGAUGUCACGCGGCAGGCGGCUCAGCAGCUGGUGACCAAAUACUACCUGAGCAUCCGCCAGGCCUUCCAGAGCCACGCGCUGCCAGAGCUGCUCACGGCCGGCGGUGUGCUGGUCUACGACCUGCUGCCGGAGCUGGACAGCCUCCUCUCCAGCCACAGCCUCUUCCUGCUGGGCCGAUGGCUGGAGAGCGCCCGUGCCAUGGCCACCAGCGACCAGGAGGCUGAGCAGUACGAGCUGAACGCCCGGAACCAGGUGACGCUCUGGGGACCCAGCGGGAACAUCCUGGACUACGCCAACAAGCAGCUGGGGGGGCUGGUGCUGGACUACUACGGCGUGCGCUGGAGCCUCUUCGUGUCUGCCCUGGUGGAGAGCCUCAACUCGGGCAGCCCCUUCCACCAGGACCAGUUCAACCAGGCUGUCUUCCAGGUGGAGAGAGGCUUCGUUUACAACAAGAAGCGUUACCCGGCCGUGCCGGCUGGGGACACGCUGGAGAUCUCCAGGAAGCUGUUCCUCAAAUACUACCCCAGCGCCCUGUGGCGCAGCCGGGCUGGGCCGGCGUGACUUUGGGCUGUGCCUCCAGAGCCUUCCCCGGGAGGGAGGGCAGAGACCCCGAGUCCUCCCGCCUCCAGGCUCCUGCAGCUCCUGGCCUGACGGCUUCAUCCCGGCAAUGCUGGAAUGAAAGCGCAGAGCCCUGGUGGCACCCAGCCAGCCUGGAGCCGCCAUUCCCCUGCGUGGGCAGGAUGUGCCCUGAGGGGGGCUGGCAGCCAGAUGCGGGACAGGCUCUGCCCCAGGGACUCAUCCUGCACCAUGCUCUGUGCUCAGCCCUGGCUGCCCCGAGCCUGUCCCCAGGAAAGCUGGGCUUGAGCCUGGAGGUGAGGGCCCGGGGGAAGGGCUCUGCUGCCCCGGCACUUCCAGCUGGAAGCUCAGUGGGAGCCGGGACUGUGCAGAGGGACAGAGGGACAGGGCACACAUGUCCCUGCUGCGGGGCGCUGGCUGGCUGGUGGGGGCGGUGAUGGCGGAGAAGCAGCCAGGGAGGUGGCAGCGGUGGGGGGGAAAAGCAGCUUCUGCCCCAGGGGGAAGCGGGGAACCGGCCUCAUCCCUGCUGUGGUCCUGGGCCUCCCUACGACGAGGUGGCUGCCUGCCCCAUGGACCCCAGUGCCUGUGGGGCCCCCGCCGCUGCACGGCCCCGGCCACGCUUGGUGCCUUUUGUAUGAAAGAGGCUUUGCAGAGCUUUCUGCGGUGAUGCUGGGGCCACGCUCCCUGGGACGGGAUUUUCUGGGCCUUUCUGCCCCCAAGCCAGGGCUCAGGCAGAGCCCGGCCGCGGUGCUGCCAGCGUGCAGAGCGAUUAAAGGCCUGGCUGCUGCGCGCUCUUUCCUCCCAU